CGCACUUUAGUGCGGACGUGUGGUGCGCUUGGGCUUGCGAUUUCCUGCUGAGUUUUGCGGUAUCGUCGAAUAUUUCGUGCCUUCCGGAGCGUGGAUCCCCUGGAUAUUUGCGGUUGUUGUGCAAGUGCGCGGCAGUCACGUACAGCCGUUGCAACAAAAUACAAAAACAAAAACAAAUCAAAAAAACAUACAAAAUAGAUGAACAAAAACCUCCAGAAGUAACCAAAUCAAUGUGGCAAAUAGUGUACUUUCGAUGCGCGCUCGUUGAUUGAUUAACACAUCACCUCCCACACAAACACCGAGUACCAAGUACUCACUCUGCUCAGUACUCAGUACUCACUUACCUGUGGGGUGCAAUCUGCUGGAAUUGCAAUUGCGCGGUGUGCAUCAUCAGCGGAGAACGUUGAACAAAAAGAAAAAUACGUUUAAAGUGCCGCGACUGCAUUGUUUUGACUUUGAUCGUGUGUCGUGGUCUCCGCCAUCCCCCAUCUACCAUCCGCCCUUUUGCCCCCUCAACAAAGCGCGUGCGUGUUGUAACUUUUGAUUAGCUCCGUAGUCGGUCUUGGAUUUGGAUUCCAUUUCGGAUUUGGAUCUUGCAGUUCGACUGCGUUUUUCGUAACUUAUCGCCGCCCACAUCUCAUCGUUGCGGUUCGUUCUCCUCUUCAGAGUCAACUGUGUGUGUGUGUGAGUGUGCCAGCUGAGAUGUGCGAUGUUCAAUUUGUGGCAAAAUUAAUUAUAUAAUUUCCAAGCACCGCCGAAAUCCCCGUGAAAAUCAAUUGCACAAAAGAAGAGAAAGAGAAGCGCCUGAAUAGAAACGCAAAGCGGUGCUAAUGCGAAAGGAAACUCCCCGACAAUCGCCACAAAUUGUAAAGAAAUAAAUUAUACAAAAUGUCUAUAAAUAAUACAAGACAUUCGCCAUUCGGAUUUGGCUGCUCCCUGCUGUUGCUCGCCGUCUGGUGCUGCUACCUUGGCUACUUUGGAUCGGAGGCCCAUGUGGCCCUCACCUAUCCACCUGCCCGCAAAUACGAUCUGGACUUUCUGGACAAUGCGCGGACGAAGGCGCCAUGUGGCAUGCCCAAAGGCUCCAUCCGAACAUCGCUGCUCUCCGGCUCGCAGUUCAACGUCACCUGGCAUUUGGCCUAUGCGCACAAGGGCGGUUUUCGGUUGCAACUAUUGGAUGCCCUCGAUCGACCUGUUUUGGAUCUAACACCUCAUGUCAAUAACUCGGAGUUUGUGAGCACUGAUGUCACUGCCCAAUCCUACCAGGUAAAGAUACCGAACGACUUCGAGUGCUUUAACUGCACACUUAGACUGCUCCGUCAGGCGGACGAAUGGUCCACUAGCUAUCGCUUCUGGUCCUGUGCCGAUGUGGAUGUCAAACUGCGAAAGGACUUCAAGGAGACUUGCUCUGGAAAUGGAAAAUACUUCCCCUCGCGAUGCAAGUGCGAUAAGAACUUCUACGGCCCGCAGUGCCAGUACAAGGAUGAGUGCUCCGUCGACUCCGAUUGCGGUGUCCAGGGAAAGUGCGUGGAUCUGGGUGGAACCUCGAUUCCCCGGCAACAGUGCUAUUGCAACUUCGGCUGGUUCGGCAUCGGAUGCAAUAAGCGAUCGCCGUACAAGAGCACUAGCCUCGACCUCUCUUCCUAUGCCAAAAAGGAGUUGUCUCCCGACUACCAUGUCUACUGGAGACUUCUUGAAGAGCAAAAGGAGAUCGAGAUGGUCCUAAAGGUCAAUGGCACAUCCUGGGUGGGAUUGGGUUGGAGGCCUCGUGGUUUGACACCGGAGUGCAAGAACUUCCCGCUGGUACGGGACAUUGGAGAUUUAACCACGACGCUGGAACCCAAGAGCGAGCCGGAACCCAAGAGUGAACCGGAGCCCAAGAGCGAGCCAGAGCCCAAGAGCGAACCGGAACCCAAGAGCGAACCGGAACCAAAGAGUGAGCCGGAACCUAAGAGUGAACCGGAACCUAAGAGUGAACCGGAACCAAGGAGUGAACCGGAACCCAAAAGCGAACCGGAACCCAAGAGCGAACCGGAACCCAAGAGCGAGCCGGAACCCAAGAGCGAGCCGGAACCCAAGAGCGAACCGGAACCCAAGAGCGAACCGGAACCCAAGAGCGAACCGGAGCCCAAGAGUGAGCCUGAGCCUAAGCGAUUAGCAGAACUAAGAGCCGCACCGGAACCUAAGAGUGAACCGGAACCCAAGAGCGAGCCUGAACCUAAGAGUGAACCAGAACCUAAGAGUGAACCAGAACCCAAGAGCGAGCCAGAACCGAAAAGUGAACCGGAACCGAAGAGUGAACCGGAACCUAAGAGCGAACCGGAACCAAAAAGUGAACCGGAACCCAAGAGCGAACCAGAGCCCUCAAGUAAACCGGAACCCUCUAGCGAACCCGAGCCAACCAGUGAACCGGAACCUACAAGCGAACCAGAACCCAAGUCCGAGCCUGAGCCCAAGAGUGAACCUGAGCCCAAGAGUGAACCUGAGCCUGAGCCGAAGAGUGAGCCUGAGCCGAAGAGUGAACCUGAACCCAAGAGUGAGCCUGAACCCAAGAGUGAGCCUGAACCCAAGAGUGAACCGGAAGCGCAGAACACGAAGUCCAAAAGAGUAGCCGGAGAUUUCGCCCAAAAGCAGGGUGUUUCUUCCGUUUCUACAAGCGUUUCCUACCGCGUCAGCACUAAAGCAGACCGUCAACGCCGCGAAGCAGAGUCACCGAAAUACCGACUGAAUCCUUACACACCACGACAUGACUUUAACGGAAUGGACUGCACGGACAUCGUGAUCGGAGCUGCUCGAGGAUUGGCCAGCCGCGUAGGUGACUUCUACAGUCGCGACCGAUCAACGCCCCACAUCGAUGAAUUUUUCGGCGGCAAAUCAGACCUGUCCUUGGGCACAGGCUUUGAAGAGAACGGCGUGACCACAAUCAUCUUCCGCAAAAAACUGGUGGCCAAUGAUCCCACCGAUCAUACCCUCGACGAUGCCCUAACCCAUGUGAUUUGGGCUAAGGGUCAGGAGCCUCAAGCUUAUGUGCACGUGCCAGCCUCUGGACUGGAGACACAAACCUCAACAGUCAAGAAUUUCUAUCAGCCAGAUGAGCUGAAAUACCAUGGACACCAAAUGCAACGAGGCGUCACCCAAAUUAAUUUCUUCGAAAAAGAAAAGUCAGCCACGAGCACGGAUCGCAAUGACCUGGGCACUAAUGUCCUGGAUAAUGAUUGCUUUGGCCACUGGAAGUAUCCGUCCAAUUGCUCUCCCCAGGAGCACACCUGCGAGUACUACGCCAGCUGGGAGACGGUCGGAAAGGGCGACGAGAUGCGUUGGCACAUAGAAACGUCGAAUACGCAGACCUGGACGGGAAUUGGCUUCAGCGAUGAUCAAAGAAUGUCGCAGACGGACGCGAUUAUUGGCUGGGUGGACGGCCGCAGCGGAAGACCCUUCCUCAUGGACACCUGGGUGCUUGGCUACGCGCCGCCAAAGCUGGAUGACCGCCAAGACAUAUACAAUGCCUCCGGACGCAUCGAGAAGGGUGUGACCAUUCUGGAGUUCAAUCGCAAGCGUAUCAGCAAUGACGAACAGGACUUGUCCUUCACCGACGACCACUGCCUGUAUCUGUUCUUCCCGGUUUUGGGUGGUGCCUUCAAUGUGGUGAACAAGAAGAUCCGUAAGCAUGAGCAAGUUCCUCCAAUCUCUUCGCAACGUGUCUGCAUCAAAUCUUGCGGCAAAGAACUUGAGUCCGUUUUUGUGGGCACCAGCACACCGGCUCCCAGCCGUCUUGUCUACGCCGUGGCCGUUAAGCUGAUGAAUCUGGGCGAAUCCUAUGAAGCACCGAAGCCGGGAACCGUUGAGUUCAAUAACUUGGCAGCCACAAUAUCGGAUUCAUUCAAUGGCAUCUUGAGUAACCUUACUGGUUACUAUAAGACCGAGAUUCUGGGUUUCGAAAAGGAGGGCAGCACAAUGGUGGCCAAGGUCCAGGCCAUGUUCGACAAGGCGGAUGUAGAGAAGAAGCACGAUUUGGAAACCAACAUGGUGGACACAACCGGCGAAGCAGCUGCUCAGAAGAAUGCCAAUGAUAUUCGAACGGCUCUGAAGGAUCAGAUUGCCACUGGCCGUGUGGGUUCUCUAACAGUGGAUCCUCAAUACUUGGACUUUGAGGCAUUGGAAUACAAGAGCUCCUCUGAACCCAACGCCAAGGAGACAUUACUGUCCUUCUUUGAUCUCUCUGAGACACGUCUGUACAUUGUCCUAGGCUUGAUUGCGGCUCUGGUUCUCAUUGCCCUAAUCCAGGCAUUUUGCACCAUUUGGAAGACAUCACGAAAGAGCAAGAACACUAAGGAGAAACUAAUCCAGAACUCACCAUGGAAGGAGUUCGCCUCGAACACCAAUUACGCAUUUGAUCCCUAUGGCGAGACGGAGGAGAAGAACGGUACAAACACCACAUCGGGCAAGGACAAGGCCCGCCACCGCCAUCAGUCGACCACUAGUAGCCAGCAGACCACGCUUCCAAUGUCCCACUCGCCCACCAGCAAAUCUCAGAUGUAUUACGAGAGUCCAAAUGGUCAGAGCAAAAACGGCACCAAUGGCAAGGGCAGUCGCACCAAUGGACGUGCGACUCAGGAAAGCAGUGUAGGUGGAGCACCCUAUUCCCGAAGCUCCUAUGCGGAGCGAGCUUACUCCCUCCCCCGACAAACGCAUCACUACCAGCAGAGCCCGGCCAGCAUGCAGCCAUCGGGUUACUACACCCACGACAGACGCGCCACUCGCCAAGGUAGCCGGGAUAGAGAGCGAGAGCGGGAGAGGGAUGAGGAGCGCCGCCAACGCCAGGAUCGCGAUCGGGACUCUGGCUACGAUCGGUCGCGUGAUGAUCCGCGACAGAACGGAGGAUCCGACACGCCCGAUUUCUACUUCAUGCCCUCGCAGCGCAAGUAUUCCGGGGAAGUAGUGCGCGUCUAUGUGGACUAUAACAAGGAUCCGAAGUAGUAAAGCUCAAAACACAUCCAUCUAUUUAACGCUCGUUUUAAGUUCUACCAUCUGUACUCCGGUCCCUCCGUUUUUCAGAUCGAGAUUAAUCCAAGUUAAUUUGAUAUUUUCAGUUAUAUUUUCGAACUUGUAUUUUCAAACUUUUCACAAUGAAAUUGCUUACCAAUUUUGUUUCAAUUAGUUCAUUCCAAGUUCGAAUUGAAAUGAAUUCCAUCGAACUCGAUCCAAUAUUCAUCUGUGCACUUCCGCUCCCUUAGAGCUCUCCCUAGUUUCGAUUUUGCCAUAAAGCAGUUUCGCUGCAGCGGCGUUUCCAGGUGCGCAAGCUUUACCACAAAACGCACAACGCAUGAUUCCACAACUUAGUGAAUUGUAAAUAUUUUGAAUAGACACUAAAGGCCCUGACAACAUAAAUGAAACAAAGCCACACAAAUCACACAAAAUUAUAAAGCAAACUUUGCAAUUAGGUACGUGCAUUCAGAAUGUUUUCGCAUUGUCUUAUCUUAAAUGUGCAAAGAAACAUAGUCACUGUAUUUAAUCAAAUUAAAUAUACGCAUUAAGUACAUAUAAAUAAAAUUAAGUACAUUUUAAAAUCCA